GCCGGGCUUCCCCAGUUCAGACAAGUCCUUGCCCCGCUCCCGCGGCGGCGGCGGGUUUGGUGCGACACCGUCCUGACAUGUUUUAACUGGUUUCCACACCCACCCCGCCUGAGAGCGACGGGAAGUACCUGCGAUGAGCCCUGCGCCGCCUUGACUCGCCGCCGCCGCGAUCGCAGCAACCGGGUCGAGCCGCCCCGCCGCUCCGGAGGCGAGACCCCACCGCGGGGCACCGGCGCAAUACAUUUCAUCAGCUCAUGAAUGGAAAUUUAAGAGACUUUAUACAAAAUAUAUGUGAAGAUGGAAACUUCAUCUUUGCUAUCGUCCUUGCAUGAUGAAUGCAGAUCAGACAACUAUAUUGAACCUCAUUACAAGGAAUGGUAUCGAGUAGCUAUUGAUGCUCUAAUUGAAGGAGGUUUAGAAGCCUACAAAGAGUUUCUUUCCCAAGAGAGAUGCUCAGAGUUCCUAGCCGAUGAGGAAAUUGAUUACAUUUUGAACAAUGUUCACAAACUUCCCCAAAACACAAUUUAUUCCUCUAACCAUGGCAUUGAUGACACCUCUUCCUCGGGAACUUACUGGCCCAUUGAAUCAGAUGUGGAAGCUCCAAAUCUUGACUUAGGUUGGCCCUACCUGAUGCCUGGAAUUUCUGGUGGCACGAAUAUUGACCUGCUUUUUCAUCCACCACGAGCACAGCCGUACACCAUAAAGGAAACUGUUCGGAAGAUGAUACGAGAUGCAAGAAAGGUCAUUGCCAUCGUUAUGGAUAUGUUUACAGAUGUGGAUAUUUUUAGAGAAAUUGUGGAGGCAUCUGCUAGAGGGAUUGCAGUGUAUCUCCUGCUUGAUGAGUCAAACUUCAGUCACUUUUUGAAAAUGACAGAGAAACAAGGCUGUCAAGUUCAGAGGCUCAGGAACAUGAGGGUGCGGACGGUAAAAGGACAAGAUUACUAUUCUAAAACAGGAGCAAAAUUCCAUGGAAAAAUGGAACAAAAAUUUAUUCUUGUUGACUGUAAGAAAGUCAUAUAUGGUUCUUACAGCUUUAUGUGGUCAUUUGAAAAAACCAACCUCAGUAUGGUUCAAGUUAUCACAGGACAGCUGGUGGAAUCCUUUGAUGAAGAGUUCAGGACACUGUACGCCCGUUCUUCUGUUCCUAGUUCAUUUGCCCCAGAAUUAGUGCAUGUAAACAGUCGCAGGACACUCUGGGAUAAUGAUACAUACCAACACUCGGUGUCUUCCUUGGCUUCAGUUUCUAGCCAAAGAAACCUUUUUAGUAGGCAAGACAAGGUUCACCAGAUAGAUCCUGUUUGUUGGAAAACUCGUGGAAGAUAUGCUGUGAAUGAAAUCGAUAAAUAUGGCUUGAGAAAUCAAGCCUACAAUAAACAACCAUUUCAUCCAGGUUUUAAUAUGCAAAAUCCAAUCCAGCAGUAUCAACCUAGUGAAAAAAAUGAGCACUGGAAGAGACAUAGUUAUGCUGGGGAGAAGCCAGAACGGACACCUUACCUGUUGCUCAACAGAGCUAUUAACAGAGCCAACAAUCCAUCAAAUACUUGGAAAAUGCCUUCCGAUAGCCUUAGUAUUGUGUCUUCAUUACGAGGAGGAUAUGCAAAUAACUACAAUACACCCCAGCAAAGUUUUGCCGAUCAGUUUUCACGACCAAAGGUAAAUCUUGCAGAAAGAAAUUCAAUUGUACGGAGGUCUUUUAAUGGGACAGACAAUCAUAUCCGCCAUCUACAGCAAAGGAUGCCAACCCUCGAACACACAACAAAAUCAUUCCUACGUAACUGGCGAAUUAAGUCAUAUUUGAAUGAUCAAACAGAUUAUCCAGUAGAGUCUAAUGGGUCGGCCUUGGGUGACAGAUAUGAUAGCUAUGACACAGCUGAAAAUAUUAAAGCUCAUGCGUUGUAUUCUCAUUCUCGCUUACGAUCAUCAUUGGUGUUUCAGCCAACUUUACCUGAACAGCAGGAAGUAAGCAGCUGUGCAAGUUCUUCAAAUUCAACUAUAAUUGGGUCAGAGGGCAGUGCAACACCUAAAGGGACAUCUAAUCAUGCUCCAAGUGUGGAAAAUGGAACAGAUAAUACUUUAGAAGAGCUUAGCACAAACGUGCCACUUAAAUCAGAUGCACCAAAAACCCAUGGAAUUCACAUUGCAGACAACACAAAACCUAGUGUAAAUUCAAAUGCAGUGGGCGACUCAUCCCUCUACUUGUACGCGACACUGUGUGCAGACAAACAUGCAGAAAAUUUGAAGAACCUUCAAAAUGAAAAUAUGCUAAAAAGGAGAAGUUUUCCCAUGUUUAAUUCAAAGUCCAUAUUAGACCCUGGUGCCAACAAACACGCAUCCAGUUACGUUUACAGCACAUUGACUAGGCAUAGACUUAAGCAGCCGGUUAGUCCAAAACUGCCUGAAGACACGCUGAAGAGCUCUAAAAGUUUGCACAGUGUGACCAACCACUUGCCACAGGAGGAGAAGAACCUCAAAGGAGAGCUAAAGAGCCCAACUGCUAGCAAGGCAAUCUCUAUGGCUGCUCUCACUGAACCUAGCAAAGAGGAAUCUUGUAAGGAUUGCACUUCAAAGAAAGAAAGUAAGAAUUCCCCAAGUUUUCUGAAGAAAGGAUCCCAGAAAUUGCGGUCACUUCUUAAUCUCACACCAGACAAGAAGGAAAACUUGUCAAAAAACAAAGGUCCUGCCUUUUACAGAAUGUGUAGUAGUUCUGAUACAUUGGUUUCUGAAGAAGAGAAUCAAAAACCGAAGAUUUCUGAGAAUAAGACAGAUUCUUCCCCAAGGAGAAAGAGAAACACAUCGUCAAAUUCUCAAGGUAGCUUGAACAGAAGUAAAGAAGAUGUCACUGGGAGCCCAACGAAGUCUCCAAAGUCUCCGAAGUCACCAAAACCUCAAAAACCUCCAUCUGAUGAAAGCAAUAAAAAGUGUCCUCUCUUGUGCCCGCUUGAAAGUAAGUUCAUAGAAACUGCAGGAGAUGCAUCUACCCCAAGAUUUAAUACAGAACAGAUUCAGUAUCAAGAUGUAAAGGAAAUCACCCCAAAUACUACUCCUGAAAGUGCCCCUGUUUCUGCUCUUCAAAGAGCAAGUUCAGUGGCACCACAGCUGGCAAGCCCCAAACACCAAGAGGAGCUAAGGCCUCGUUUGAGUGAAAGGCGUGUUUAUAGUCGCUUUGAGCCGUUCUGCAAGAUGGAAAAUGCUAGCCAACCUGCAGGCAAUGCACCCAACAGCAGUUCACGUCUCUCGGAUAUCAAAAGCAAGACCUUAGGGAAUAAUUACGGCAGGAGUAAUCACAUGGUCAGCUACAACUCAACUGCUUACCAUCCAUUGCAGCCUAACGAAAAUAAGCUGAGAGGAUUUAUGCAAAAGUUUGGGAACUUCCUACACAAAAGCAAAUAAAACUUUUGUUGAUUAUGUUGAAAUACAGCAAGAGUAGCAAAGCUGGACAUAAUUGUAACUGGACAAGACUGACAGCCAACUUUUGUAGAGCUUACUUGGGUUUCUUUUUGGGUCUAGGACAUUGGAAUGAAUGUACAUAUUUUUACAUAAUUAUCCUAGAAUUGUUAUAAUUAAGUCUUUACAGAGAUUCUGUGUCCAGAAGAUGUCUCAAGGGAGUUGUUUAUAGUGUUUAUAUUGUAAGAUUAAUUUUAUACUUUUUCCUUCUGAAGAAUUUACGUACUAGCAUAUUGUAAGAUUAAGUGUGGGGAAAAAGAUGGAGAAUGUUUUUAAACUCCAAGUAAUACUGUUUCCAAAGAUUUGCCCUUUAAAAAUAGGAUAGCACUAGGAAUAGUGGCUUGCAUUUUUUCAGCAUUUAUGUACAUUCUCAAAUGAUAAACACAAAUGUUAAUGCAUUGCAUGUUACUUAUCUUUAAUUUUUGAAAACCUCUUUUAAGCUUCAUCUUGUUAAUAAUUUACCCCAUAGCAUCUAUCGAACUGUUUGGGCAGCAGAUGGAUCUAUCUUACUUUAUUGAAUUUUCCAUGUAAUAUGAUAUUUUUCUAAAGUAUUUGGCACACAGAUCUUAAAGUGACCUUAAUCUGAGCUUUCACAGACUUGUUUAUGUGGUUAAACUAAUGUGAAUGUAGGAUGAACAUUAAAAAAACUAUUUAUAAAAAAGGUGCCUUGAACAUAUAUUACAACUAGUUUUAAUUUCAAUGGAUUAAUUACAUUUGUAUAACAUGCCAGUAUUCUGUAAUGUAUUCUAAAAAUAGCUUUUUGUUACAUUUUUCUUUCUGGUGUUUAAAAAAAAAUAAACCCAUGGACAUCCAUUUCUCAGGUAAGUUUUUGAGUUUCACAUGCAACUGUUUUAAAUGUUGCCAGAUAUAUUUGCAACUCUGGCUUUAAUAACCUAGUUUUUUCAAUAAGGUUGCAAGUGCUUAAACUAGAUGUAUGAGGAAGAUUGCAAGCUCAACCCUGUGAUGCUGCCUUUUGUCCAAAUUAAUAUUACAAGGCCAGGAGCAAUUAGGCAUCUAAAAAUGAGGUUCGUAAAAGUCACCACAUCAAACAAUAAGGCACCUCUCCUAAGCCAAAGAAAGUUUCAGUGAAGGGUGAUAGUAGCAAGUGUUUAACCUUAAUGAAGGUAUUUAGGCACCUAACUUCAGUCUAAGGGACAUUUUUGUUCAUCUGAGCCUCUCAGUCAUAAAAAAUAUAUUUAGUAUAUUAAGUACCGAUGCCAGGUUAGUGGUUACAAAACACACAGGCAGGGUGUUUGGGUGGCAGCGUGGCAUCCACUUCUCGUCUGCAGGGUGCAGCCAGAACAUCCAGCUGGCUCACGCCCUCCUGGAUGUGGAGUUUGUCUCUUAGGAGAAUGCCAUAACCGUUUAGGUGUAAGAUGCUCGGCAACAGUUUUCUUCCAAAUUCAGAAAUUUGGGAAAAUUCAUUACUGAAAGCUUCUAAGCCUUACACAGGGUCUUCGUGUUUCAAAAGCAUGGUUUAGGAGUCCACUUCACUCUUAGAUCUGAAAAGUCCUACAGCUUUGUAUGGAGGAGUCCCACUAGGAAAGUUUUGGGUUUAUUCUUUAGAAAGAAACACCAAAAAGGCAUUUUGUGCACCAGCAAGACUGAGUUCAUUUGUCUCUUCUACCUGUGGCCCUGGGAAGAGAUUUUAUAUGGAAAUCUACUACACCGAGAAUCGUCGUGAUGCUAGCUCCUGUGAACUCACCAUAGUUAUUGUCAGUGAUUUCAGUGAAGCAGCAUCAGCUUUUUGUUCAAACAGUUUCUCAGGCAACCUUACUAGGUUGAUGCAUCACAGCAAUAACCGUUUCACUGUGGGGAUGGCAUUUAUUUAUGAGUGGCAAAGUCUUGCAUCUCGAUCCUCUGCUGAAAGCUUUGGUCUCCCCUUCACCUCUUCAAAAAGAGAUUUUUACUAAUUUCUUGAUGAACACCGGUCACUUUGUUCACUCCUUGCUGAAAUGCCAUAGUUGGUAUUUUUUUCCAAAUGAACAUUUAUACUGAAAUAUUCUGUCCUGACAGAGGUAGCAUUUUCAGACCCAAGGCAAGGAGUGUCAUCUUGGUACUCCAGGCAUAUUUUAAUAUAGGUACAACAUACUUCCACAGCUGCACAGCCAACAGCAACGCAAUGCUGUACUUUUUAUAACUCUCUAAUAUUUUUUAGCAGGACAGACGGUUAUCCAGGAUAGCGCGUGAAUUAACAAUGCAGCAAAGGAACUUAAUCAAGAUGCAGGUGGUGCUAAAAAUGGUGGGGAUUUUAGGAGGAUCUUUAGUUUUCACUCGUACUCUUACGAGCUCUCACCACUUGUAGCCAGUACUAUAUUGGAAAGGAAAUGAGAGAGGGAUAACAAGGGUCUUGGGGCAAAUUUUGAAGUGCCACUGCUUUCCAUUUUGUAGUAAACUUUGGGGAAUCUAUUUUGAUACAAUUUAGAAAUAUUUUGCUGUAUUUUUCAAAGUAGAUUGCUAAUUAGAGAGUCCUGAGAAAGGCAGAUAUUUUAAUUUACCAAGUCAUCUAUGUUUAUAGAUAUAUACUGCUAUUUUGUACCUACACAGAAGAUUAAGAACCUUCAGUGAAGAGCCUGCUCAUAGACUUAAUAAUGCAAAAUAAAAAAAUCACAGUAGAACUAGCUUUUUUUUCAUUUUCAGAUCUCUCCUCGGAUAUCCCGCAUAGGAAUGUGGCCACAUUAAGGCCUGAUCAGAGGUUAAUUGAACCGAAUGCAAAAGACCACUGCAGACCUCAGUGGAAGUAAGAUCAGGCACUUAAUGUAUUGACACCACUCUUUUAGGAAUGACCCAACGCUGCUUGGGCAGCGCGGGAGCAGCAGCCCAGUGCCCUGCUUGCAGCGAGGGCUUUGAAGGUGGGGGAGCACGCUGGGGAGCUCCGCAGGUGAUGCACGGGCCAACUGUUAGUUUGUUCCUUCCAGAAUUGUGUGUUAAAGGUGAGAAAACAAUGCUCAUCCAGUCCUGUCUGAUCUUGCCUCGUGUCUCUGUGGGAACCCAGCUGUUCACAAAUAGAAAGGAGAAAUAUGGAAAAGACAGACACCCACUUUUUGCAUCAGCAAAGACAAGGCAUAUGCACAUGUUUGGAGGGAAAAAUAAGAUACAUUUUUGAACUUCCUUUUUCCCAAAGCUUGUCUUGAUGUUUCUGCUUUUCCAAGGAGAAUGCAUUUUGCUCAACGUGUCCUACAUGUGGUCUGCACGUUGCAAGUUUGUUCCACCCCGCACACGCCCAAUGCACUCCCAGUUUUGUAAGACUAUGAAGUAACAGCUGCUGCCGUGCAAGACGGUCAUCUGGCCAAAUGGCUUGGGAGUUGGGAAACCCAUAAAAAAUGAUGCGUCACUUCCACAUUCCAUAAAACUCCAUUAGCACCUUAAUAGAUCUAGGAGGGUGGCUGUGCGAAAGCUGAUCGGGAGCACUGUCGGGAGCGGAGGGCAGUGCAGCCGGGAGAUACAGGCUUCUCAUACGGUGCCCAUUCAAUUCACGUCGUAAAUAAACCGCCCCUACAUACGGUCAUAAUACCCGGUGAAUCAAUUGCUUCAUUUCUUCAGCCUUGUAACAAACAAUUUUUACCGCCUCUCAGAUUGCAAAAUGUUGGUUGUUCUCUUAUUAAUGGGCUUGCAUUGCACUCUUUAUUCAUGCUAACAGACACGAACUAGAUGUAAAUGUUGAAAAUUAAGAAAAAUUAAAUUUCCAGCUGUCUAGUACAUGAGGGAGUAGUAUUUGUUGCAAAGCUUGAGAGAAAAAGAAAGCUUACCAGGAAAUAAAUAUUUCUGCAUUGAUAGGUGAAAAAUUACUAUUCAGAAAAAAAGUUUGAUCAUUUUUUAGCUUUCUGAAAUGUGUUAGGAAAUGUCAUUUAUAAAAAGUCAUAAGAAAAAUAAUACCAAAAUCUGUUGCAGGACAAUGUAAAAAUAAAAUUUUAAAUGGCUCGACUAGGCUGUACGAUAUAUAUAUAUAUCUCGCGUAUAUAUGGUUUCAUUGUUUUCUUUAGGCCAUGUCUAAUUUUGACUUAUGGCGACACCACGUUUCAACAUCAUGUCUGGCAUAUUUCUUUCAGAUGUCGCAUAUGCUAGUGUUAAAAUACCAUUCUUCUGGUUUCAGGGUUUAGUUCAAUCUUCCUUAGCGCUGGGUCUGUGGAUCCCUGGUGAUCAAUAAGAUUUCAAAAGGUGACAUGGAAGUGAAUUCAGGUGACUGGAAAAACCCAAUGAGAUAAAACAGAAAAGCAUUUGUGCAUAUUUCCAUAUACAGCAAAGGAAGCAAGUAAAAUCAGAACAUAAAGUCAGAAGUAAACAUCCGUAAUGUGCUUUCUACCACUUGAAAAUGAAAGCUGGUACACCAGCGCUGCAGGAAAAAAAAAAAAUCAAGUGCUCUUUGAUUAAAAUAGCUGAGAAACACUGACCUAGAUGAUGCAAAGCAAGCAUGAGGGCUGCUACGAACACACAAAACUCCAGAAGAGAUAUUACCGCGUAAUUUCUGGGGGUGGGGAAUAAAAAGUAAUUCCAUCAAGUUGGUUUCAAUACUGACAGAUGUCAAAUACUGUGCUGGUUUCACUUAAAAUUGUUACUUGAUCUGUAAAUCCUUUUUCUCAGAUGGAAUUCCUGGAUUACAUAGCAGCUAUAUUAUGGAUAUACUGUGUA